AUGCAGUCGCUGGUGGAGCUUGCAGUGGUGACUGUGGCACUUUUUACACCUGUGCAGGACCUUCUCGAUCAUGUGGAGUAUCUGCCCACAGCCAUUCGUUGCCGUCUCUUUCGUGAGUUGUCCAAUCUUCGUCUGCGAGAAAUGGAGGUGGCGUGGGAAGCAGCUGCAAAACUUGAAGCACCGGAACCACGCGACGGCUUUGAUCCGGCGGCAGGCGACAAGUUCCUGUUUGAUCGUGAGACGCAGCGCGUGUGGGAGCUCCGUAUGAAUGCGGCACGAUUGGGUUGUGAGCCUAUUUCCAUUGAGAACACGGUGGCAGCACAGGGACGUAGACGGAACCACCGACAUGAAUUUUGGGAACACCAGUUUCGCACGUUACUAAAGCUGCGGACACCAGUGAAUCGUGCAGGACUUACGGAUGUUUUGGUCGAAUGCCAAAAGCUCUUUGUGGAUGUUGUGGAGGUACUCAAAGUGCACGGUCGAGAGGUCUGUGAACACAACGUGGAGCUCAUUUUAGCCCUCCGACAGCUUCGAAGACUUGAAGUGCACCAUCCAGAGCAGCAAAAUACUUGCUGGAAAACUAUAAGACGCUUGAUACAGGAACAUGCGCAUCUGAAAGAGCUAGGAUUCUUUCACGGCAAGCUGAGUGAUGAUCAAGUUGCUCAGAUUCGCACCAUGCUCGUGAAACCAAUCCCAACGUUGGAUAAGUGUCUGGACACGAGCAGAAUCAUGACACUAGAGCUAGUAUCGGUGAAAAUUCGAUUGGAAGGGUAUCGGCAGUUGGUGGGUCUGGUGACGGAGAUGCCACAACUGAUGCAGUUAAGACUAAGCAACUCUAUCGCGGAUUUCGACAAGAAGCUGCUCAUCGAUGCAGCAUUUCGUGCUGCAAAGCUGCAGCGCCUCUUCUUGGAGCACAAUGAGCUAGAAGAUGACGCAUUCGUUGGACUAACCGAGAUACGUGAACCACUGGCAUUGCGACACCUCCGCCUUAGCGACAACGAGGUGUCGUGUACAACAGUGGGGGCGAUCUGUAGCGCAAGUAUGGAUGGCGUGCUGAAUCUGGAACGUCUCGAGUUGACAAACAACGUGCAGAUUGGCGACCCGGGUAUACACGCUCUGACACCAAUGCUAGCUUCUCCAGGUGCUGGACCGGCUGCGGUGCUCACUCACCUGGACAUUCGAUGCUGCAAUUUUGGCCUUGACGGUGUCACCAAUCUGCUGCUAGCGCUGGGUCAUAACAAAACUGUCAAGCAUCUGAAUAUCGCUCAGAACUUUUUUGACGUUGGCUUUGGCGAUGUUCUUGCAGAUUUCCUGUUUACUAACAACGCUGUCACACACCUACAAGCGAACGGCGUUGGGCUCGGCCUAGCAGGUGUGUCUGCUCGUCUGUUGACAGCACUAGAGAGCAACACCACUCUCAUAUCUCUUUCGAUGGGGGCAAAUCGGCUACGGAAUGAGGGUGCAUCCGCACUCCUGCGUGCACUUGUAAAACGGGCGCAGAUGAAGCCAUUCAUGCUUGUCGACCUGAGUGGCAACUUACUCACAUUGAGCGGGCUUGCGAUGAUAGCGGACAUCUUGGAAAACCCUCAUGACGCUAAUACUACACACUCCGGUAGAUCCCGAACGGAUAGCAUCAACGAACAAGAUGAAGCGGCCCUGUUGGAUUGGAAGCGCCGACGAAUUGUUAGCUCUGGCAAGUGUCACAACUCAUCAAGUCUGCACAAUAACAGUGGCAUACCUAUCGAAGAGUUGUGUCUGCUGAAUAACGAUUUCAACGGGAACGACGAGCAAAGGGAUGAUAGUUCAACGCUAAUCGAGUCCAUCCGACGUCGCGUAGGCCAUCUCAAGAGCAACGAGUGGGCAAUACAACACCAAGUGUAUGAUGAUGAAGUGUAG